AUGGGCCCGAAACGUUCUGGUGCAUCCUCCGCCUCUUCCGCCCCCCUCCCACCUCUCUCAAUCGAUCCUACCGCCGUUCUCAGCGAUGCUAUAUCUUUCUCUGGUACUUAUCCGGUCACAAUUGGUGCGAACUCCGUUCUGCACCCUCGCUGCAAGCUCAACUCUACCGAAGGUCCUAUAGUUAUCGGAUCCAACUGUAUUAUCAGCGAAAGGACACAGUUGAUCGCGCCUGAUAUCGAUGGCCUCGUUCUCGGGAAUUAUGUUCACGUGGAGGUGAACUGUCACAUACAAGCUGCAAGAAUCGGCGACGCCACUUCUAUUGAGGUCGGAACCAAACUCGGCAAGGGUAGCUGUAUUGGUGAUAAUUGCACGCUUUCCCCGCUGUCCACCAUCCGCGAUGUCGAUGUUCUCCCUGCAUUUACGGUUGUCUACGGCGAAAACCAACGAAGGGUGGAUGCCUCUGCCACGGCUGUCGCCCGCAAUGAGACCAUGCUAGCUCACAUAGAUUGCCUGAAAAAACUCAUUCCCAAUAAAUCGGAGAAGUAUACUAGAUAG